UUCGUUGUUGAAACCAAGCAAAUAAUCGAUUUUGACAGCAGUUUUGGACUCCCAUGAAGUCUUAAUUCUCAUUUCUCACACACCACCACACUCGAAAACAAGAAUCAUAUUUUCAUCUUGCUCAUUCAGUUUGUCACCAUUAUUAUGGCUGGGAUUGUUGUUGUUUUGGACUUCGACAAGACCAUUAUUGAAUGUGACAGUGACAACUGGGUUGUUGAUGAAUUGGGUUUCACUGAUCUGUUUAAUCAGCUUCUUCCUACCAUGCCUUGGAACACUCUCAUGGACACCAUGAUGAUGGAGCUUCAUGCUAAUGGGAAAACCAUUGAUGAGAUUGUGAAGGUUCUGCAGAGAAUUCCUAUACAUCCCAGAGUUGUCCCUGCCAUUAAAACCGCCUAUGCUAUGGGGUGUGACUUGAGGAUUGUAAGUGAUGCAAACACACUUUUUAUUGACACUAUAUUGAAGAACUUAGGAAUAAGGGAAUGCUUCUCUGAGAUCAACACUAACCCUUCCUAUAUUACUGAAGAGGGAAGGUUAAGAGUUUUGCCUUAUCAUGACUCCAACAAAUAUCACCAUGGAUGUAGCCUCUGCCCUCCAAACAUGUGCAAGGGUCUAAUCAUAGAGAGAAUCCAAGAUUCAAUAACAUGUGGUGAAGAGAAGAAGAGGUUCAUCUAUCUUGGGGAUGGAAGUGGGGACUAUUGCCCAAGCUUGAGGCUGAAGGAAAAGGACUUUAUGAUGCCAAGGAAGAACUUCCCAGUUUGGGAGCUGAUAUGUAAAGAUCCUUUGCUUGUUAAGGCCGAAAUCCAUGAAUGGAGUGAUGGAGAAGACAUGGAACGUAUUUUGCUGCAUUUGAUCAACAAGAUCUCUAUGGAGGAAUUCAUUUCAGCUGAUUGCAAGAGGCAGAGUUUCUCAGUUUCUUCUCAUGAGUCCUUACCUCAUGUUCUCCCUGUUAGGCAGUAAUAAUAUUAGUAACUAAUAGUAAUAGUGAAUAAUCAAUAGCAAAUGUAACAUAGCUCAAAAGUGUUUAUCUUUCUUGCACUUCUAAUCAAGCCAACAGUCCCUAAUCUAAACGGUUUCAAUUGUUGGAAAUUGGAAUGGCCCUCAAGAUAGGGCUCCAUAAUGUGAAUUUGAAUGAAAUCUAAACUUUAGUUGGCUA